AUGAUUAUUGGACGCUGGGAAGUAAAGUUAUCUCAAUAUAGCCAAGAUGUGGGCGGCUAUUCUGCUCUGUCAGGAAGCUUGAAAGAAAACAUCAAACUGGGAAGACGAGCACAAAAAUAUUUGAAAGAGUUGAGAACUUUGCAACUUAAGCCACUGGAGAUCGGGAGGUCUGAAAAGUGCGGCAUGACCAAUGGUGAUAAGUAUUUUUUGGACGUAAUCCACAUCACCUCUCAAAGAGAAAAAAUGGGUAUAAACGUUGACAAAACAUGGAAUGUGACUAAUCUUGAGAAUUAUAACAAAGAAGAACUGAAGUAUGAGCUAUUCAGGGAAAAGUUGAAAGUCGAAAAACAGGACAUGUCAUUUUUCAAGUGGAUGAAAAGUCUUUCAGUUGAAUUGUAUUUUCCUCUUCAACAGACAGCGAACCACAGAUUGGCAGACGGUAAUAUAAGGUCAGGAUGGUUUAAUAUUCCACUUCUCAGAAAAAGUAGGCCAAGGAAAAAAAUACCAUAUCCAAGUUUAAGACACAUGCCCUCUGCCCUUGAAGUACGAUACAACAGACUAACGGAGGAAAAGUUGAACUUUUGUGUCUUAUUUUCUGAUAAACCACUGUCAGACUGGAAGCCCCGAUUUUUCGAGCAAACUUACGAUAGGUUCCUUUUGCGACUAAUCCCACCUGAAAACACCCCAAAGUAUAAGAGCAGGAGCAGUAAGUACGAUAUCAAGAUUAGCCCGCAAAGCUGGGUAGUGAAAGUCCCCGAACACGAUCGAGAGCUUGAUAUUUUUGAGGGAAGUUAUGAUAAACUCUUUGAUGCCCAUUUUAAUAAACUAGAAUUUUUCAAAAUAAGAACGAAGAAGCUGAAAAGAAACAGGUUAGUUAAGAAGAAUAUUCAUGGAAUAUGGCGUCUUGAAAAAGAAGAUUUGAAGGAUUUAGUAUGGGAUCCUCUGAAAAAAAUCAGCAACCAUUCUAGGGGUACAAUAUUUGAACAUGAAACCAUAAAUGAAGAAGUCUAUUCAAUUAAACCGAAGAGGUUAACAUUUCAAGAAUUAGAUUCCGGCUCCCUUGACCUCAUUGAUAAUCAAAAAAAGACGUUUGGCACUAUCAAGCUUGCAAUGAGAAUAUCUAAUGAAAAAAAAAUUGAAGACUUUUCAUUUGAAGGAAGCGAAAGAAAUGAUGUGACAGCUAAUGAAACUCAAGAAUUCCAUCAAAAUGAUCGUCUUUCAUCUGAGGGGGAUAUUAAUACCUCGUUAGCUCCUCAAAAGAGAUCUUUCAUCGAUAACGAAUUAAUGUCUAUGUUAGUCACCAAAAAAAAAAAAAAAAAAGCACAAGGGAAUCCAUAG